AUGACAUUUGAGCAACCACAACCCGGACAAACGAAACCUAGUUUAGUCGUCCCCUCAGCCGCAGUCACACAGUCAUCGGAGACCAACAACAAUGCAUCGUCUGAUCCAUUGUUGGCCAAUUUUUGGACCCAACUGGAUCGGAUCCAACCUACGAUUCCUGAUCGGUUGUCGACCGCGAUCUUAGAAGGUGUGGGCGUACAGUUUGAGAAUGGAGACCCGCGUUUAGCCCGCCUGGUUAGCCUAGCCGGACAAAAGUUCCUGACUGAUAUUCUGACCGAUGCAAUGGGCAAUUGGCGAAUGGCAAACGGGCUUUCGACUGGUCUGUUGAGCAAUUCAUCUUCCAUGCCGGUCACUUCGCAGUCAGCCACAGCGCAGUCGCCUGCCGGAUCUGUCUCGAUGUCCAACGGUAUAACUUCCGCAAAUCUUCAGUCCCCCAGUGCCAAAUUACUUCAGGAUGAUGCUUAUCGGUACGCCAUUUUCGAAAUACUUUGGGCGCUUUCCUGCUACAGUGAUAAGUCGCUUGGUUGGCUGAAAGGCUAUAUUUCGGCAACCGAGUCUAACGGUGAACCGUUUGUGAUUUUGAUGACUGCUGUCUCCGUCGAGUUGCGUCUUCAGCUGGCGCACUUUUUGGAUAGCACUGAUCAAUGCACCAAGGGAGCAGAAUCCGUAAAGAAGACAGAAUCUUCUGGAUCCAAACAGACUCCUUUUCACAGUGAAUCACCAAUCCUACGCAAAAUUCUUUUGGAUCGUUGUCUGCGGCUUUUUCUCAUUGGUUUGGAUGAAAUGAACCGGACAGAUGACGAGAACUCGGAGCAUUCCAGCCAACCUUUGGCAGAAUAUCUAGAAGACAAUCUAGCUGAGCGACUUUGGAUUCAGCUGUGCGAUCUCGGAGUGGUGUUGCGUACCGAACUGAAUCGCUUUAGUCGCGAUGCUGUCCGUCUGAUCGAUACAACUAACUGGAACUCCUCAACAGUUUCAACGACUUCCUUCACAAGGGAUCCAACAUCUCCGAAUAGCGUUCGAGAUGUGGAGCUUAUCGCCCUCCUUAUCACAGGCUAUUUACGAUGGAUAGUUUUGUAUUAUAAAACACAUCGUGAAGGUAUCCUGGUGCAACACGUUGGCGAGGAACGUGUGAAACUAUUGAGCCAAUUGCAGCAACGUCUGGUGAAAGAAUCUUUGAACCCCGCCAUGGAAACCCUGUGUACAUUGUUAUUAGGUUGUCGGUUCACCGACAAGAUCAACUCCGCUAGUGUCGAACGUUUUCAACUAAAUUGCCCUGCACUAAACAAACUGUCGACACUAUUGGAACAGAAAAUGUUGAUUGAAAAACGCUCCUUCUCCCUUCAACACAGGCACAUCUAUUUCUCCAAUGAUGCAUCCACAGACAUUCGGUAUAACAGGCUAAUCGGUCAUAGCCUUUCGUCUUUGGCCUCGUUAUUCACCCUGUUCCCCGGUCUACCACUGGUUCCCGUCACGUCGUUUUCCCGAUCUGAUCGAACUUUGUUCAAUGUGAUUUUACACUGGAUUGCAUCAACUCUUCGUGACCGACCUGAUCACCGCUGGAAUUCUCAGUCGAACACUUUGGUUGCAACGUUGGUGAUAUUAAACAGCAUGUUGCUUUUGGAGCCAAAACAGUCUGACUAUUUAGUAAACGUUAGGCAGGAACUACUGAGUGCAACCGACCUCGGGGAUCGUUUACUAAGUGCUGUCCCACAAACAAAAACGAAACUUUCUGGUUCAAUGCUUGAACUGUGUGGUGAGGUUUUAGUACUCUCAGUCUGCUACGUGCGAGAAGUACUCCAGAGCGAACAACUCUCUCAGAACCGUGAGCAUCUCAAAGAAUCGAUGACUCGUGGAAUAUAUGGCGUGGAAGUUGCACUCAGUCCCAGAGUUGAACACGCUUUGUUGAAUUGGAUCCCAGUGAACGGUCAUCUUUGCCCCGUCCGAUUAUCCAGCUCAAUUAAGCUCAAUAUCUCUCGGCAUGAAAAGCGGCGUCUGUUUGUAGUAUCCGCUUAUUCCCCAACGGACUGCAGUUCUGAUGCUGAUACUUUCGAGAGCUGUCCGGGCUCAUUCACCAAGCAAAAAGGCACUCACAUUGUGAUCUUUGCUGGCGAUUUGAAUGCUCAAGUAGGUCGUCUGAGCGCCUUGGAAUCACAUUUGGGCGGUCGAUUAGGAGCCGAUUCACGUUGCACAGACAACAGAGCCCGUUUGAUGUCACAACUCAACUCUUAUGUUCCCGUUCUUCAAGAGCGGUUUGAAAAUAGUGAAGAUUCCAGCUCUACACUCUCCAGACUGACCCAAGGUUCUGGUUCAGCCCUAAUAAUGCAGAGACCGCUGCGACUGGAUAUACCGGGCUUCAUUCCCGACAUUGAUGCUACUGUCUCUGAUGAUGAUGAUGAUGAUGAUGAUGAUGAUGAUGAUGAUGAUAAUGAUAGUGGUGGUGAUGACGAUGAUGAUAAUAUUGAAUCGUUACUUCCGUUCCUGUUGCGAAGAUGUUACAAGGGUACCGGUGGCACUAACUGA